GGAGAGAGAUCUCUUACCUUCUUCACCACGACAAUCGGGAAGUUUUUAUUUCAACGAUCGGUUACAUAAAUUUGUGGUGAAGCCCAUUCUAAAACGAGACAAAGAGGGAGAUGUCGAUUCUUUGGGAGAAGAGCCAAACAUGGAGGUGGUUAGUUAAGAGGACGAAGGAUUCCAAGCCGUUCUUCAUCGGCUUCGCUACCGUAUGCGGCGUUAUUCCCGGCCUGAUUGGAUAUACCGUCAUGCAGCUUACUAGCUCCAGCAAUCCGGAACUAGAAGCCAAGCUCCGCCGUGAUGCUCGGCCCGAAAGCUUAAUGAUGGGAAAAGUUAAUAAAGAGAGGUUAGCAGAUUAUCUUGGGGAGCUGCAGAGGAAGGAGAAUACAAAUGACAGAUAUGUUGCUGCAUUAAAAGGAGAGACAUUGACCAGAAAACCUUAUGUGAGAAUACAACCUGUUCCUACCUCUGAGGAUAAAGUUAACACAAGGAAGUAGGUUGGGGUUUUUUUGUUCAAUAGGUAUUGCAUUACGGAUAGAGCUCAUGUGCAAUUCAGAUAAUGCCUAUGCCUACUUUAUUAUAUACAUUGCAAAGGGUUUCAUAAACAUGAUAAUACGUGAAGUCAAGCACAAUUUGGAGCCUACUUAUUUUCUUGAGCUUCAGUUAUUUCUUUCUGUAAUGUAUUUUAGCUUUCUAAAUGACUUUAUUGGAUGAUGUGUUUUGGGGUUGGUUAACCAUUAACUUGAUUUUAUGUACCUGAUAUGGGUGAGAUGAAA